UGUUUUCUUAUUCGUAAAUUCCAUUUCCCCUUUGAUUCUGUCAUUUCCAUUGCCAUAAUCUCUCUCUGUAUAUAUAUAUAUAUAUAUAUAUAGCUGUUCUUAACUCUGAAAGUUUCACAACUAUUGAAUUGAAUUGUGUAUUUGGGUAUUCGAAGGAAUCGAAUUUGAAUCGAGAAGAUGGAUUCAAAUUCUUCAAUACCCACUUGUCAAUCGGAAGAACGGAAGCCGGAGGAGUCAGAAACCAAAGAAAUGGUGCACAAGACAAAGGUUAUUCAAUUCUUGGGCCGAACAACACCCAUCAUUCUCCAGAACGACAAUGGACCUUGUCCACUUCUCGCUAUCUGUAAUGUACUAUUGUUGAAGAACAACUUGAGCUUGAGUCCUGAUUUUCCUGAGGUUUCACAGGAGAAAUUGCUUUCUCUCGUUGCUGAGCGGCUGAUAGAUUCAAACAGUAAUGUCAAUGACAAAGAUGCUGGAUAUGUUGAAAAUCAGCAACAGAAUAUUGCUGAUGCAAUUGAUUUGCUUCCUAGACUUGCGACUGGCAUUGAUGUAAAUAUAAAAUUCAGGAGAAUUGAUGACUUUGAAUUCACUCGUGAAUGUGCAAUAUUUGAUCUUCUGGAUAUUCCACUUUAUCACGGUUGGAUAGUUGAUCCACAGGACCAUGAUACAGUAAAUGCAAUUGGAUCAAAGUCUUACAACACCUUGAUGGGGGAGCUUGUUUCCCUUGAUACCCAAAAUAUGGAAACGGAGCAUAAAAAAAGUUCUGAAGAUGACGAUGUUGAUUUUGCUGCUGCUACAACUGCAGCACUAGGGGUACCUUCUCCAUGCCUCUCAAGAGGGAGAUCAUUUGAUGAUUCUCCUGUUUCUAUUACAGAUCACUAUACAGCUAGAAAAGGAGAUAUUGAAGAAGAAGCAGAGCUGUUGAAAGCCCUUCAAUUAUCUGAGGCUGGAAUAGCAACUUCAUCAGUAGAAGCCGAUGGACUGAAUUCUGUAGGUGAGAUAGCAAAUCUGAAGUGUCCAGAGCCAGUGGUUCUUAACAAGACAUCAGAAGUAAAUGCUAAUGAGACACAACCAGUUGUGCAGCAUGAAGCAUUGAUAUCCACAGAAGAAUUAGUAUCGAACGCUAACAAAAUAUCUGGUGACGGCAAUCCAAAUAGUUUCCAAUUGGUCUCCGAAGUAGCUGUUAGUUCCUCCCUGAAAAUUGAUCAGGAAACCCCUACCCAAGAUCUUGGAAAUGCAAAACUGCUGGCUGAAAAUGAGAGUCUGCCUCUUGAGUCAGGAAGAGUUUCUUCAUCUGCCUGUGAAAAUCAUGAGCAGAUAUCUGGAGGUAUGAAUGACAUUCAGGGAACAGCCGUUAUUCCUGGAGAUGGGAAUGCAGCCGAGCCCAAUCAAGUUGGUUGUGGUGCAUUUGAUUCAUCUAGUUCCUCUAUACCAUCUGCAGCUCCAGGUUCAUCAGGUGGCAGACAUGACACAGAUGAACCUAAAACCUUUAAUUCUUCCAUAGAUGGCGACGAACCCAUUUAUGAAGGAGAGGAUUGCAUAUUGGAGUCAGCAACCACAAGUUACCAAAGUCGAGAGCCUAUGUAUGAAGGCGAGGUGGUUCUUGCUGAACAAGUGAAUGGAGGCAGUAGAGAUGUGCAUGAGACAAUUGUGAAGGAUGAGAUCACACAGAAAGAAGGGGAACUGGUGAGGAACUUUCUGAAGAACAGUGCAAGUCAGUUAACAAUCUUCGGAUUAUUUUCCUUGCAAGAGGGUUUGAAAGAAAGAGAACUUUGUGUUUUCUUCAGGAAUAAUCAUUUCAAUACUAUGUUUAAGUUUGAAGGCGAACUAUAUAUUUUGGCCACUGACCAAGGAUUUAUAAAUCAGCCUGAUUUGGUAUGGGAAAAAUUCAAUGAGGUGAAUGGAGACACGAUAUAUGUGACUGGCAACUUCAAGGAGUUCAAGGUAGAAGAUAAUGCCAACACCACAUGGGAUCAACAGAGUGCUAUGUCCAGUACUGCGAACUUCCUGGCAAGCAUGGAGAAAGAACAAGGACAUCCAACUUUCAAUUCUGAUUUACAAUUGGCAAUAGCUCUCCAGCAACAGGAAUUUGAGCAACAACAACAGGCACCACAGAGAAAUCAGAACCCCCAGCAACCCGCUGUAAAUGGUGGGUCAAGGUUGAUUACUGGUCCUCAGGUACCAAGGACCAGCACGAGACCUAUGUCUUCGUCCCCCAGGCCGGAUCCAAAGUCAUCAAAAGACAAGUGUAUUGUGAUGUAAAAGACUGCACUCUCAAGUGUGUUUGUGAAGUAGCAAACGUAUCUUUUGUCUUCCUACUCACUCUGGUGUUAACUGAAGUAACAAACGUAUUGAUUCAAGUUACAGUUUCAACUUUUUUUUUGUUGUACAGAACGUAUAUAGCAAGGAAAUUCUGGUUUAAGACUAGUCAAGAACUUUCUAACAUUUGCUUACAUGUUGCACUCUCUAUUUAAUCAACUGCGUACAUAUUUUCUCUUGAAUUUGCAAAUAUGUGUCUGUAACCCCAUACAUUGCUAGAAAAAAUGCUGCUUUUCCAUCCGAGAA